AUGGUGUCCCAAGUCCAGGCGCCCCCAGCGGAGAGUAUCAGGCGAGAUCCUUAUUACACGAUUCCCUCCCGAGAUGUUGAAUCUGCGACCGCUCGACAACUGAAGGCAGAACUCGACGAGGGAUAUCAUCCGACGACUCAGGCGCUAGUUCCUUUGGGCAUGCGGUUCGUCAAGAUCCUGGGUGCUGGGACCCAAGGCACGGCCGUGCUCUUUGAGAUGGACGAUGCGAAUGGAACGACGCGGAAGAUUGUUGCUAAAUACGAAGACUGGCCGGAAGGCGAGGGGCCGGAAGACUCGGGGUCGGACUUGGCAGACGUGGAUGCGGACGACGUGGCGAACGAAUUGAGAGAUGAACCUCACCCCAUGGUCGAGGAGAAGGAACACAUGAAAAAAAUGGUUGGUGCAAAACACAUCAUACAGCGGCAGUUUAUCCGUGGCUAUGAUGAAGACGACAGGGACCCAAGAAUGUACUUGAUGGAGUUCAUCUACUAG